UAAAUGUGGAAAGAAAAUGGGAAGAUUGUUAGAAUUCUCCUAAACCCAACAAAAAUAAAGUCCACAAGGCUUUCUUCUUAUUCUUACUCUCUCACCCCCAAAUUCCUUUCUCUCUAUAAUCUAAUUCGCCUCUUUUCUCGAAUCACCUCUUCAUCUGCUGCUCGGCUUUGAUCCGCUGUUGGAUUUCCCCAGUUUGUCAAAGUCUUAAUUUUUUGGAGAUGGAAGAAGGAAAUGUAUCGAGCAGUUUGACUUCUGCUGCAGCUUUUGUGGAAGGGGGAAUUCAGGAAGCAUGUGAUGAUGCUUGUAGCAUAUGUCUUGAAGCUUUUUGUGAUAGUGAACCUUCUACGCUGACUACUUGCAAGCACGAGUUUCAUCUCCAGUGCAUUCUUGAAUGGUGCCAACGAAGUUCCCAGUGCCCGAUGUGUUGGCAGUCUAUUGGCUUGAAGAAUCCCAGCAGCCAGGAACUGCUUGUUGCUGUGGAGCAGGAGAGGAAUAUGCAAAUGAAUCCACCCAGAAAUACAAUUAUGUUUCAUCAUCCAGCCUUAGGGGACUUUGAGUUGCAGCAUUUGCCGGUUAAUGCAAGUGAGUCUGAACUUGAAGAACGCAUUAUUCAGCACUUAGCUGCUGCUGCUGCAAUGGGGAGGGCUCGUCAGCUCUCUAGGAGGGAGGCUCAGAGGCAUAGAACUUCUCAAGGCCGUCCUCGCUUUUUGGUAUUCUCAACUCAUCCUAACGAGGCUUCAGCUGCUUCUUCCCUUCCGCAGAGAGAAGGCAGUAGCUCCCCACCUGAAGUUAUUGCCGCUGGCUCUAAUUUUCCAUAUAUGACCGUUGGAGGAGAUUCUGAAAAUUUUAUUUCACGGUCUUCUACUGCUCAAGCCGAACAGCUUGGGACUCCACCCUCGGGAUCAAGUCCUGUGACAUAUCAACAUGGGACAUCUUCAAGCAAUAGGUCUCCUGCCCACACUUCUCCCAACAGUCAAGAGAGAGCCGGACCUUCAGAUUUCCAGAUAUUUUCAGAUUCUCUGAAAUCUCGGCUAAGUGCUUUUUCAAGCAGAUACAAAGAGUCCAUAACGAAGAGCACGAGAGGUUGGAAGGAAAGACUCUUUGCUCGCAACAAUUCUACACCUGAACCCAACAGUGAAGUUCUGGAAGCUGGCCAGAGGAAUAGUAGCAGUCCUGGAAUUUCUACUAUAUCACGAAUGAUGGAUCAUCUUCAAAUAGCAGAACAUGGUGGAACCAACACAUCAACUGCCUCACGUACUGUAGAAGAUACCAGGUCACCAGAUUCUAGUGAACGGCAGGUCUUUGUGAUGGGAAGCAAUCUUUCUUUGAAUGAGGAUGAGGCACAAGCUCCGACUGCUGCUAGUCCUGCAUCAACCUAAGUGUUGAUUCAACUAUCUCAUCAACUUCAUUGCUCUUCGUUUGCUCAGUGAGUAUUUAUUUGGCUUGUUUACCCUGCUGCAUGCUCAAUACAACAUGCUUUUCAAUGAUAUUUUUUAGAAGGUAAUCAACUUUGUGAUUGAUCUUUAUGUCUUUCAAAAUUUGCAUCACUGUUGGGUUUCCAUGAUAAUUAAUGGUAUUUUUGGUUUCAUCCCGGUAUUAUGAUGACGAUCUUCCUUUUCCAUGUCCCUCUAUAUUGGGAUCCAAGGCAAGUUUGCAUUGCGUAAUUGGCUCUAGAAGUCUGGCUUGUGUUUUCUGUUAAUAGUGUGACCCAACAUGGUUUGCAAUGAUGUUUGCUUGAUUUACCUCCAGAGUGUUGUUGAUCGAAUGCUAUGUUGCUACAGUGACGUCCGGCUAAUUCUACCUCCGAGGAUGCUGCUACAUUGAUUCAUGGCUAAAUAAGGAUCUUGAAUUGCGAUGUAUAGACAAAUAUAUAGAGCUGUAAAUUUUGGCCUGUAAUCCCCUAUAGUUUGUUUUUGUUGAACUCGUGCAAAACAAAUACGUGAACCAUCCAUUAAAUUGAGCAGCAAACUAUCAAAACUUGUGGUUGGUUGAUGCUUUGUUUAUGUGAAAUUCGGCACAUGAUGUACAAGCCAUUGAUA